AUGAAAGAUCAAGUUCUUGAACAAGCGCCUCGAAAAAUUAAGCACAUUCAAUUUAGCGUUCUCUCUCCUCAAGAAAUCGUCAAAAAUGCUCAAUUGGCGAUCACACAUCGCGAUCUUUUCAACGAUAAUCGCAAACCCAUGGAAAAUGGUGUCCUUGAUACGCGGCUGGGAACAUCGGAUCAUGACACGUUGUGUCAAACUUGUGGCGAAAAAAUGGCUCAAUGCAUCGGUCAUUUUGGUUAUGUCAAAUUGAUAUUACCUGUCUUUCAUAUUGGAUAUUUUAAGGCUGUAAUAAAUAUGCUUCAGAAUAUUUGCAAGACUUGUAGUCGCGUUUUAUUAGAGGAAGAAGAUCGUCGCUUAUAUCUGAAACGAUUACGAAGCUCCAAAGAAGCAGCUUCGCGUCAAAAAUUAGACAAAGCUAUAAACACCUUGUGUAAAAAAGUAACAGAUUGUCCAUUUUGUGGUGCAAUAAAUGGCUCUGUUAAGAAAGUUGGUGUACUCAAGAUUGUGCAUGAGAAAUUCAAAUCAAAGAAAGCACAAGGAGAACACGAAAAAUUCAAGGGCACCUUCAAUAAUGCGAUUGAAUACACACCAGAUUUGAAACCACAUUUGCACAAAGCGCAGGAAGAUUUAAAUGCCCUGAAAGUUCUUGAGCUUUUUAAAAGGAUAUCAGACGAUGAUUGUGAAUUACUUGGGCUAGACCCUCAAAAUGCGCGACCAGAACUAUUUAUUUGGCAACGUCUCCCAGUACCACCUGUGGCGAUUCGUCCAUCAAUUGCGCAAGAUAAUGCAAGCACAGAAGACGACUUGACGGUGAAAUUGUCAGAAAUUGUCCAAACAAACACUAACAUUACAGCGGCACUGUCUAAAGGAGUUACCAUUACACAACUUAUGGAACAAUGGGAUUAUUUGCAAUUAACAAUUGCUAUGUAUAUACACAGUGAAAUGCCAGGUUUGGGCAAUAUGGCGGGUAUAAAACCUAGCAGAGGAUUAUGUCAGCGAUUGAAAGGUAAACAGGGUAGAUUUCGUGGAAAUUUGUCUGGUAAACGUGUCGAUUUUUCUGGACGUACAGUAAUUUCACCUGAUCCGAAUUUACGGAUUGAUGAGGUUGCUGUCCCAGUUCUAGUAGCAAAAAUUUUAACUUACCCAGAAAGAGUAUUCGAAUUUAAUAUUGAUAAGUUACGUCAGUGUGUGAUAAACGGAUCGGAUAUUCAUCCUGGUGCCAAUUUUGUCAAACAUAAGUCUGGAGGGAAAAGAUUUCUUAAGUAUGCUGACCAAGCAUCAAAAGACGCUUGUGCUGCCGAACUACAAAUCGGAGACAUUGUAGAAAGACAUUUGAGAGAUGGUGAUGUCGUCUUAUUUAAUCGUCAACCAUCUUUACACAAACUUAGUAUAAUGGCUCAUUAUGUACGAGUCAAACCAUGGAGAACUUUUCGUUUUAAUGAAUGUGUAUGUAAUCCGUAUAAUGCAGAUUUUGACGGUGACGAAAUGAAUCUUCAUGUACCUCAAACUGAAGAAGCUCGAAUCGAGGCAAUCGAAUUGAUGGGUGUAAAGAACAAUUUGGUUACACCUAGAAACGGAGAUCCUAUCAUAGCUGCAAUUCAAGAUUUUAUCACGUCGUCAUAUUUGCUUACAAAGAAAGACGUUUUUUAUAAUCGAGCACAAUUUUCACAAAUUUGUUCGUAUAUGGCUGAUGCUAAUAUGCAUAUCGAUAUUCCUUUGCCCUGCAUAUGGAAACCAAUGAAACUUUGGACCGGAAAGCAAAUAUUUAAUGUAUUAAUGAGACCAAAUAAGCAAUCGUCAGUUUUAGUUAAUCUCGAAGCGAAAGGACGUUCAUUUGAUAAGAAAGAGGGGAGAGCGCCCGAUCUAUGUCCAAAUGACGGUUAUGUUGUUAUUCAAAAUAGCGAGAUUAUGUGUGGUUGUAUGGAUAAAUCUUUAGUAGGAGAUGGUAAUAAGCAUUCAUUAUUUUAUACGAUACUCCGUGAUUAUGGGUCGAUAGAAGCUUCUAAUGCAAUGAACCGUUUAUCUAAGUUGUGUUCACGGUGGUUAGCCAAUCGAGGAUUCUCUAUUGGUAUCAAUGAUGUGCAACCAGGUGAAAGGCUAAGAGAAGGGAAAGAAGAACUCAUUGAAUUAGCAAAUAAGACUUGUAGCGAACUCAUUGAACAGUCCAAAUCAGGUCGAAUGGAAAAUCAACCCGGUUGUAAUGAAGAACAAACGUUGGAGGCACAUAUAUCUGGCGUUUUAUCCAAAGUUCGUGAAGACGCAGGUCAAAUUUGCAUGACAGAACUAAACAAAUAUAAUGCUCCACUUAUUAUGGCAACUUGUGGAUCAAAAGGCAUUAAUAAAUUCCAAUCUUCCGUACUUUCUUCUGGAUUACACUGUAAGCCAAAAACACCGGUGGCUCGAGGUUUCGUUAGAAACAGUUUCUAUAGUGGAUUGACUCCUACAGAAUUUCUUUUUCAUGCGAUCUCUGGUCGUGAAGGUCUUGUUGAUACCGCUGUCAAAACAGCCGAAACUGGAUACAUGCAAAGAAAACUCAUGAAGGCUUUAGAAGAUCUGACAAUUCAUUAUGAUAUGUCAGUACGAAAUUCGUCAGGUGGCUUAGUUCAAUUUUAUUAUGGGGAUGAUGGCUUGGAUCCUGCUUUUCUCGAAGCAGAAAUUCUUCCUGUGGACCUUAAACGUAAUCUACAACAUACGAUUAAUAUAAUUCCGUUUGGUGAUGAUAAAUUGCUGUUACCAUACGAAAUACGUGAAAUUACCGAUAGUAUAUUAGAGAGCGAUAAAUUUGUGAAUUCAUGUACUCGAUCAUAUAUUAAUUCUUUGAACGAGUUUAUUCAAAAAGAACUUAUUAGUAAAUUAAGUGAUUUAAGAGAGUCCUAUGGUUUAAUGAGAGGAGAUUAUAGACUUAGUGAUGAGUACGGAGAUAUCGAUGAUAUGGUUUAUAGUACUUUGGAUUCAAGUCCUGCAAAAGCCGUUGUGAAUCAUAAAUUAAAAAUCACUGAAAAACAGCUAGAAAGGUUUUUAAAUAUUUGUUGGGCGAAAUUUAUGAGAGCAAAAAUCGAGCCAGGUACUGCUGUUGGAGCCCUUGGUGCGCAAUCCAUCGGGGAACCGGGAACCCAGAUGACUUUGAAGACUUUCCAUUUUGCUGGUGUUGCUUCAAUGAAUGUUACACUUGGUGUCCCGCGUAUAAAGGAAAUUAUUAAUGCGUCAAAAACAAUAAGUACACCAAUCAUUACUUGUAAACUUGUUAAUGAUACUGAUGUGAAGUCCGCUAGAAUUGUUAAAGGUCGUUUAGAAACAACUUAUCUGGGAGAUAUUGCAAAAUAUAUUGAUGAAAUUUAUGAACGUGAUCAAUGUUUCCUCGCCAUUAAGUUGGAUUUGGAGGCAAUACAAAAAUUACAGUUGGAGACAAAUAUAAAAGAAAUAGCGCGCGCGAUUGUCGAUAGUCGUAGUUUAAAGCUUGAGGCUAAUGGAAUUCGUAUAGUUUCAAACGAUGAAAUCGAUGUCUAUGUCCCCGACAAAGAGAUGUACAAAGAUCCAUGUUGCUUGUAUUAUAGGCUUCAAAUUUUAAAACGAGCCUUGCCCAAGGUUAUAGUGAAGGGAAUACAAACUGUUACAAGAGCUGUAAUUAGUGAAGGAAAGAAAGGGAAGAAACAAUUGUUAGUUGAAGGAUACGGGCUUCGUGAAGUAAUGACUACUGAAGGCAUUGUCGGCACUGAAACGACAAGUAAUAAUGUUAACGAAGUACAUAAAGUUCUUGGUAUUGAAGCCGCUAGAAAUACAAUUAUUAAAGAAAUCCAAUAUACAAUGGGUCGUCACGGAAUGAGCAUCGAUCCGAGACACGUUAUGUUACUAGGAGAUAUUAUGACAUUCAAGGGCGAAGUACUAGGAAUUCAUCGGUUUGGUAUUUCAAACAUGAAAAGCAGUGUCCUUAUGUUAGCAUCAUUUGAAAAAACAACGGACCACCUUUUCGACGCUGCAUUACAUAGCAAACGCGAUUGUCUUGAAGGGGUGAGUGAAUCUAUAAUUAUGGGAAUGCCCAUGCAACUUGGAACUGGUCUGUUUAAAUUGAUAAGAACACCAUUCGGGAAUGAAAAACCACAUAAAAGGAAAUUAUUAUUUGAUUCCCGAGAAAAUCACGUAAAAUUCACAUACGGAGAUGCAUCUAUGGAUGGAGAGUGA